UACAAUCAAAUUGAGUAGCAAAGUAGCAAGCGAUACCAUUGUUAUUUAUACCUCCAUUUUUUCUCUCUCCUCUUUCUCUCUCUUGUCCGAGGAACCGGCGCCCAACAUUCCUUUCCUUUCAUCACUCCAAAAGGCAAAGCAAUUCUUUUUUGAAAUCAUAGAAAACCCUUAAAUCAUCUAAUUUUGCGUGUUCCUUUAAUCUAGGAAUCAAACAAAUGUCCCAUUUUUACCUUUUUUUUCGCCAUUAAAGCACGCAAAACACACAUUAUUGGUUUUAUUGUUGUGAUUUUGUGAAUUUUGUUUCUUUUUUCAAUCAAUUUUGUGACUAUGCGAAGAUUCAGCUUCAGAGUUGCGAACGAAGACGAAGAGCUAUUCGGAGAUCAAAACGGAGGUAGAGAAAAAUUACAAUCAUCUAGGGCUUCAUUCGAGAUUGUUCCGUCGUUUUUAUCUUCAUCGUCAAAACGUCGGCGAAGUAUAUGUCGGAAUGUAUCGUCGGUUUCAACGGCAUUGUCGAUUGUGAGUAUUAGGAAGAGUUUCUCUUAUGAUAAGCUUGCUCAAGCUCCAAUUCAUCUUACCGUCAUCAAAUUAGAUGGCUCCUCUUUCGAAAUUGAAGUCAUAACGAUGGCGAAGAUUUCUGACCUUAAGCAAGCAGUGGAAAGCGCUUUCAGUCACUUACCUACUGAAGGACCUGGAAAAAUUUCGUGGCGGCAUGUAUGGGCACAUUUUUGUUUAUCAUAUUCUGGUCAGAAGCUUCUAAAUGACGUUGACUAUAUCAAUAGUUAUGGCAUAAGGGACGGGGAUGAGCUUCACUUUGUUCGGCACGUGUCAAUUGCUUACAAUCUCAUAAAAAAGAGAUCAAGAAAACGAAAUGAAGCUCCCAAGCCUAGUACAAUAACAGAGAGCAACAAGGAAGAAAUAUCGGAAAUAGAGGUAGCCGAUGAUGAUGUAGAGAACGUAAGAUAUCAAGUGCAUGAUAAUUCAAACUACAAUGAGCCUGUGCUCGCUCAUUUAUUCAGAGGGUGGUUUCUGUAUUCCAGAAUUUCCAGCACAGAACACAGUAAGUUCGAAAGACCAGCCAAUUCACCCAAGUGGACAGGCGGAUUUGUGGGUUGCUUAAAAAGCUUGUUUCCUUUUUGUGAUGAUAGGCUGCCAAGCUAUUCUUCCAGAGUAUCACAGGUAGAAAUUUGAGCAUUAUCAUUAAUACAGAAAUACCAAAUGCUGGAAUCAAUUCUCUUGGAUGUAAAGCUUACAAAUAAAACUGCAUAUAAGUUGUAUACCCAUGUAUGUGGUCGGAAAAAUUCGAGUUAUGUAGAGUUUCAAAUCGAGUUGAAGGAUCUGUCACGGAACCUGAAAUACAUUUGUAGCAGUAUGGCAUAUAGAUACAAAGCAAUAAAGAUCUGAGCAUUAUGAUUAGCAUUGAUCUAUCA